UUUAUUAUGACUUCGGAGUUCAAUGCAUUCGCCUAACCGGGCUCAUGAGAUUCUUAAUAACCAUUGUGCGAAUGUUAGAACAGCGGCCCGGUAUGUACCUGCAUGAGAUAAAAAAGAGUUUAAACAUUGGACUCGCCACCACCUUUGAAUUCGGAUUUCCCAAUCUUUAUUCAAUGAUUGCAGCAUACAAAGAUUUAUUCACAGUUAUUAAGGGACAAACCCAAGAAAGGGCAAAUAUUUCCCUAACAUUCGACUGCGAACUUAAAGUUUUGCAUGUUGCCCCCUCAUCAGUGCGUAAGCGCUCUGAAAUCAACCACCAUUCCAUGUUGCGCUCAACGACGAUAACGUAUCCCAAGCGUAGUUUCCAUGCUUACUGUCGUGACCAUAAAAGCACUCAGCCCCCAACAAAAGCUCAAGAAAUGGCCAAAAAGUAUACCAAUAAUUUUAAGCCUGUGUGCAACUUAAAGUUUCAAGGUCCUCAAGAUAACAUUGUGAGCGACAAGAGCAUAAUUUCACCGCCAGCAUAUUGUUUCCCCCCAAGAACCAACAUAUCAUUCCUGAAUAGCUAUGAACCAGCUCUUGAGGAUGGAAGUAUAUGCUACAUUGACUGCAACAAGGAAAACUCGAUUAACUCAUCGCUGCAAUUGUUUAGCAGUUCAUUGAACUCGUCGAACGAGCUCAACACCAGUCUAGGCUUAGAAGAUGUAAACAACAUUACUGCAAUAACAGCUAUACCAGCGGAUACUUCAUAUAAGCAGUCAUGCAAGCUUUGGCGUAGACGUCAAACAAGCUUUUUUCAGCUUAAUUCGACUAAGUUGCCUUCUUUGGAUGGUAGUACGGACGGUUCCUACAACAUGGGUUCCAUUUAUGAGCCACCGAAACCCGAUACGCCACGGACAGAGAAAAUACCAUUUUGGAUAGAUCCCGUUUGGAAUGAACGAUCGGAAUACGUUAAGCCCAACAUAUUUAACAUUCGACUUCCUGGGCUAAAAACUUAUAACGUGUUUCCCAAGUCACUUUCGCCGUAUACCAUUUCGAAAAACGAGAACUUAAAGCGCCAACUGUUCAAUUUUGAUAAUCACGAUCGUAAAAUAGCUUAAGGCGAGUACAGAUUUCUCAAAUCUAUAUUCUAUACUCAUACAUAUUUUAACAGCAACAGGAAAACAAGCCCUAUUACGUGUUUUUUUAUAAAUUAAAGUAAAAAAAAUUAUAAUUUAUUGUUUAUGUUAUUUUAAUCAAAAUAUAUUUGGUUUCUGUUUCCUUGAUAA